UCAUGCUCCCAGAUGUCACAAUUACCUUCAUUUCGCGGUCCUUCUUUAUCCCCUAUACCUGCAGUUAGAAGGCCUGGUCCAAGGUCUAAAACAGUCAAUACAAUACAGAGGCCACCACUGCAAGAUCGCACGAACAGACCAGUGGAUAAUGUAGGAGAUGUCAGUCAAGCUACUGCAUCCAACCAUGAAGCAGCAGAAAGCGCUUUCGCAAUGCUUCGAGAAUACAAACCAAAAUUAUUUAAAAAGUAUGUUAAAGCAGGGUACGAUGUUCAAUCAGAAAUUCACGAAACUCAUGAAAGGUAUGAGAUAGUAAAUGAUAAGGUGUAUCUUGGAUUAAAUGUCGAUGUGGGUCAAAAAACUUGGAGAAUGAUAAAUCGCCAAAGAAAAUCCAGGUUUUUAAGAGAUUUAGGAGCUGUUUUAUGGACCAAAAAGACCUUAGCCAAUCGAUGCUUGGAUAUCUCAAAGACCAAAGAAAAGCAAUUGAAUGGACAGCCAAUUCAACUACUAUCACCUAGAAAAUUAGAUUUAUAUUUAAGUUUAUACAACGAUUAUUUAAAUAAAUCAAGGUAUUACGCUCAUCUCAAUGUCGAUAACAAAAAUAUUCUUAUAAAGAAUUCGACAGAAAGUCUUAGUUUCCAUAUCAGAGAUGAGAAAAAAGCUCAGUCAUGUAUCGAAUAA